CGGAUGUGUUUCUGGACCCAGACACGGCGCACCCCACCCUCCGUGUUUCUGAGGACAAGAGGAGCCUGCAGUGGGCGGAAACACGGCAGAACGUGCCAGACAACCCCGAGAGAUUUCAGGGGAAUCUCUGUGUGCUGGGCUGUGAGAGCUUCACGUCAGGGAGACACUUCUGGGAGGUGGAAGUGGGGGACAGGGGACAGUGGUGUGUUGGGGUGUGCAGGGAGAAUGUGGAGAGGACAUUUCCUGUUAAAAUAAUACCCGAGAAUGGAUUUUGGGGAAUGAGGCAGUCUCAUGGGAAUGACUACUGUGGUCUCACGAACCCUCAGACCAAACUAACCCUUGUCCACCCCCCUGAGAGGGUGGGGGUUUUCCUGGACUGUGAGCUGGGGCAGGUCUCGUUCUACAAUGCCCUCGACGGGUCUCACAUCUUCACCUUCCUACACGCCCGCUUCUCUGGGCCUCUGAGGCCUGUUUUUGAGACUCGGACCUCGGAGCCCACUCCCUUGACCAUUUGCCCAGCGCAGGAAGCAGUGGGGGGAUCCCUUGUGCCUGACCCAGGGCCUGACCCUUCCCUGGAGACCCCAGGGGCCCUGGCAUCAGCUGAUGGGAAUGGGGACCCUCAGGCUGAAGAAACAUCUCUGCUUCUCGCUGCCCAGCCUGGAGCUGAGGGCGUCCUGAACAGCAAACCUCUCAGCAAAAAAACACUAAAAUCACACUGAGUGACGGACUUCACUGACAUUCAUUCAAUUUUUCCACAUGAGAUUAAGGACACAAGGGGCAGUUAACUUUCCGAAGGUAACGCAGCUUCGAACAAGCAGAGCUGACAUUUACAGACAAGUUAACAUGUACUGGGAGCUGUGCUACCUGCUUCAGGUGAAUCUCACUCAGUAAUCCUCACAAGAACCCUGUGGGAAGCUGCAAAUUACAUCUCCUUUGUCAUUCAUACAAAAACAGUGUUGCUGGGCGAUGUCCAUCCCCUGCCCCUUCCACUCCCUCUCGUCUGUCCCUUUGCAGCUGAUUGUCCUGUUGGGCAGGGUCAUGAGCAGCCCCGAGGGUCCCUCCCAGGGCACCAAGGGUAAAGGUCACUGCAGGUGACUGUGAAGGCCACACCCACUUGGAUCCUUCAAGGUCAACUGUCAGAGCCAUGGUCCACCCCUUCACUGACGGGCUCUGCAGGACACCGUGGUCCAGAGGGUGAACUCACAGUGACCCCAUCACACAGGCUGAGAAGGGACCAGCGGCCACUCUCUGAACCAGCCUGUGACCUGCGGGCACAGAGCAGACCCACCCUCCCACCUCCCACCUGAAGGUCCUCUGUGAGCAGGACGGUGGGGGGAGGGGCAGACGAACAUCAGUGGAAGUUCCAUCACACGGGGGGACCCACGUCCAGGACAGGGACGCCCACCGCUGACCACCCACUGUGGUUCCCGAGGUUCCUGUCACCUGUGGGUCCUGGGGAAAGGCCGCUCUUCCUCCUCAUCAUCGUCACUGUGACUGUUCACCAUGAGUCCCCUCCCCCCGCAUGUGGGUGUCAUGUCACCUGUGUUAAGUAAAGUU